AAAUGGAGGUCUUAGAUGUGUGUGUCGCGUUGACUUGAAAUUUGCUGCUAGAAUUUUGCGUUAAACGCUGUGAGCGAAUUGUGUUUCACUGCGAAUAUGUCAAAGGUCGGCCAUGAAGUGCGCGAAACACGAGACACAAAAAACUUCACCACAUAAACGGAACAACAAGACGUUAAAUUGCACAACAGUUGUAAUUAAGUUUAGUAGUUAGAAUCCGCAAUCAACACAUAUAUAAUAAGAAUAUAUAAGGCGAAGGUGGAAAGAGAAGCCAUAGCCCAGGGGUAAAUUAUAUCCGCACCCCCGAGAAGUGGAACUUCUCCGCCACCGUCUGGUUUUCAGUACACGGCUACGUUGUAAUUGACAUUUUUGACAACGGCCACGCAAAGAAAGCAGCAUCAAAAUUAAGCCAAUAGACGACCAAACGUAAACCGCAGCGGCGUCGUGUUUGUCGACGUGUAACGGACAUUUCUGUAUGCGCUGCGUUUACAAAAUCUGAUGGAUGGAAAUGCACAAAAUAUGUUUCACGGAAAUCAUCAAGGAGAUCCCUAUUACCGUUACGAUGCGGCAGCCGCCGCAGCAGCCGCCGCUGCGGCGAACCCUCGGGCAAUGGGGCCGCCCGGCGGCUACCCGCCGCGGCAUCGCCCUCCUCAUCCGCUACAGCAACAGCCCCAAUACCCAUCGUACCAGCCAACGGCGGAGAACCUGUACGGACUGGGGGCCGCCGAUCACCAGGCUGCAAUGGGCCUUGGCGUUGGAGUUGGGGUUGGAGCCGGAAUGGGUGAUAUAAGCGGUUGGGGAGCAGCGCCUUCGGUUCCGGGCCAGGCUGCAGCUUAUCCAGGAGCUGGACUGGGGGCCUAUGGUCAUCCACAAGCAGCUCCACCAGCGCAGCAGCAGCGCCAGAGUAACGCCAGUGCAUACCGCCAGCACAUGCCCGCCUAUGGACAGCAGGACCAGCAGAAACUUGCGUCCUAUGGCGCGCAACAAAGUAUGAUGGCAGGCUACGGAUCACUGGCUCCUCAGCAACAACAGCAGCAGCAACCGCCCACACCACAACAGCAGCAAGCGCAGCAAGUGCAACAGCAGGCGCAGCAACAACAACAGCAGCAGCAGCAGGGUCAGCAGCAGACUCGACUGCCGCAGCAUUAUCCACAAGCUCCGGGGCAGCAUCCGUUGUAUCCUGGCGUAGGACCACCUACUGUCCAGGCAGGACAACCUCCAGCGCCUCAGGCGUAUGCUCACAGUCCGUAUGGGAGUCCCAUGCAACACCAACCGAGCAGAGGAGCACCCCAGCACGUGGGAUAUGGUCACACAGGAUUAGACCAGGCUUCAGCCUACGGGCAACAUGUGCCGGGAGCAGCUCCACCGGGGCACCACUUGACAGCGCAGCAGCAGCAGGCUGCGCAGCAAUUGGGCGCCCACCAGCAGCAGCAGCUUCAAUCGCAGCAGCAACAGCAGACGCAGCAGCAGCAACCCCAUGUCUCGCUAAUGCAGCAGCAACAGUUGCCAGGCGCUGGAUUACCGCCACCGCACAUGGGAAUGCCACCUAGUUAUGGAAGCCACCACCAACAGCAGCAGCAGCAGCAACAGGCCCAACAACAACAGCAGCAGGCCGCACCGCCCUACAUGUCCAGCAGCAAGCAUCAACAGGCGGCUGGCCAGCUGAAUUCCUCGCCCCAGUACCGUGCUCCAUUCCCUCAACUUUCGCCACAAAUGUCGCCACGUCCACCGACGAUGUCGCCGCAUCCACAGAUGUCUCCGCGACCAGUGGGCGUGUCACCUGCGAAACCACCACCCCCUCAACAACAGCAACAACAAACGCAAGCACAGCAGCCACAACAGGUGGUGAACAAUCAGCCCAGCCAACAUAGCAUUCAAGGCAUGGUGGGUCUGCCCUCGCCGCGUUCUCAACCGCCAACAAGUGGAGCAGGGGGUGCUGUAGCGAAGGGUCCUGCGCCAGUCGCAGCUCCCGUAAACACAUUACAAGCCCUCGAACAAAUGGUGAUGCCGUCGCAGGCUCUCGGGCUGCCCAUGGAUUACCCUUCAGCUUACAGAAGCGCAGUGGGCCCCAGAAUGCCAGCAUCCCCACAGCAACAGCAACACCAUCAGCAAUGGGGCGCAACCCAUGGAGCACAGCACUUGGCGGCGUUGCAGCAGCAGCAAGCCCAACAACAACAGCAGGCGCAACAGCAGCAACAAGCCCAGCCGCAACAGCAGCAACAGUCGGCUAUGUUGCAGGCGCAGCAGCAUCACCAGCAACAGCUUAGCAUGUAUGGUCAGACAAUGGGACAGCAACAACAACCUCAAACACCACAGCAACAGGUUGUACCACCAGUGGCAGCACAGCAACCAUCAGUGGUGGCCACUCCACAGCAACAACAGCAACAACACCAACAGCAAUCACUCAACGAUCAAUUGCAGCACUCGAUUAACGAUAUUGUUGGCGGUGGUAAUAGUGGUGGAGCAACAGGAAGCUCUCAAAGCCAACAGCAGCAGCAACAACCCCAACUGGCGGCGAUGUCCUCGCCGCUGCAUCAACAAAGUUUGCCCAGCAUGCACCACUUAAUGCAGCCCACGAUGGAGACGGCGCAAUCAGCGCAGCAACAACAGCAAACUGCUCAACAACAGCAGCAAACUGCACAACAGCAGCAGCAACCGCAGGCGACUCUAACAUCGCCACACCACCAGCAAAUGCAACAUCAGUCCCCCAUACACCAGCAGCAGCAGCAACAGUCACCGCACCACCAACAACACCUACCCAGCUAUAAUCAGUCGCAGCAGCAAUUCGAUCCAUUUGCUAACAUACUCGGAGACAAUCAGCAACCAGCACCCCAACAGACAAUGUCGCCAGCUCAUGUAAGUUCACCGAUCCCAGCGCAAAUGCAACCACAGCAGCAACAUCAUCCCCAACAGCAGCCAGCCCAGCAAGUACCACAACCCCAGCAACAACAGGUGCCGCAGCCACAGCCGCAAACGCAGCAGCAACAACCAACGACACCGUCACAUCACCUGAGCAGCAUUCUCAAUGAAACAGCCAACUCAAAUGAUUCCUCAACAUUGGCCGUGGCUGCUAAUGAUAGCAACAACAGCAGCAGCAACAGUAGCACAAACAGCAUUGUCAACAACCAGCCCACAUCUGUUCACGACAGCAACUCGCAGAGCAGCAUUAACAGCAGCAGCAACAACCAGCAACAGAUGCUAAUGGACAACACGAAUUCGCAUGGAGGAAAUUCGGAAUCUGCGCAGCACGUUGCGGUGGAUGUUGGACUUUUUGAUAACAACUCUAUGUCCUCCACAUCCGCAGCAGUUGCUGUCGUAGCCUCCAAUGCAGCUUCUGCAGCAGCAGCUCUUUUGGACAGUAACUCGCAGUCUUCGAAUGCAGAGUUUGAAAAGAACCAAAGCGAAGGCGAGGGAUUAGGUGUUGUAGGAGGAGUUUCUACCAAUGAAACUGAAUUGCUACAGGAUGAGAACAGUGUUUCCAAAACUCAAGAUGUUAGUCUAAGUACAGAAUUUCCAGCGGUCCAAGAGGAUCCGCAAGAUAAACCCUCCGAAGAGAUUGAACAAACUCAACUGGGCCCACCUGUAGGAGAUUUGUCUACCUCUUUGUUAGAAGAACCUAAAAUCGUAGAGGAAUUAGGGGAGGAUAAAUCUCAAUCCGCAUCUGGAGUGGUACCGCCUGUAGAUCCUACGACUCUGGUUGCUCAACCGCCUCAACAACAGAUGCCUUCCAUGGGAAUGCCUAUACACUCCAUGGCAUCCGGAUACGAUGCCCCGGCUCAGGGACAGGGACAGGGACAGGGACAGGGCCACAUGCCUCCCAUGAUGCCGCCGUAUGGGGGAGCACCUGGCAUGUAUCCACCGUAUUCAAUGUUGCAUCAACAAGAAAUCGCUGCACUGCAACAGCAGAUUCAGGAAAUGUAUUGCAUGCCUCCAGGCCACGAGCUGCAGCACCAGGAUAAGUUGAUGCGGAUGCAGGAGCGAUUAAAUCUUCUGACACAACACGAGGUAAACGACCAGUGUGCUGGUGGACCGCAGUGCUUGCUCUUCCAGAACGUUCCCCCAAUGUAUGGACCACCAGGAAAUCCUUUGGUCAACCAGCAAAUGGUGGAGAGCCCUCAAGUAUCCAGUACUACAGGAAGAGGUCGAGGAAAGGGUACGAACAAGCCACGAAAACCUCGCGCCAAGAAGGGUGAAAAAGGCCAGGCGGGCCAACAGCAGGAUCUGAUGGAUAUCAGCGGCAAUGUAGGAAUGGGAGCAACUAAUGCCACUCCAAGUAUCCCAACCACACAGCUUCCCGUCUCUGAAGACUGCGUUACUCAAGGAGCGGGGGAUACCAGCGUGGUCGGCAUGCUUGAGUAUAGUGAAGGCAUGGGCGAUCUUUCCCAAGAUGUACACUCCGCCAAUGAGCUGGAUACCUCCACUGACGGUAGUGGCAAAAAAAAGAAGCCACGCAAGCCCAGGACCCCAAAGGAUCCCAACAAACCUCCGCGAGAUAGGACUCCAAAGGCGAAGAAGCUCAAGGACCCGAAUGAUCCGAACUCAACUGAAACCCCAGCAGCGGGAAAAAAACGAGUCAGUGUUAGUAAGCGCAGAAAACAGUACGGAGAAGAUGGAACUGAGCAAACUGGAGAGGGGAGCGAAGUCGAGGACAACAAGCCUUUGGUGCCCAAAGCUGGAUGUGCCGAGGGUGAAGCGGAAACCACUUCAGGAGGAACUGGAGUGGAUGGAGAAUCUCCAGAUUACGAUGACAUUCCCGUUUCAAAAAUUCCACGAAGCGCCAAUGAAGAUGAUAAGGAUGCGGAGGCUGGCGACGAAACAGUGGAUUCAGUUCCAGAUUCAGCAGGAGAUGCUGCGUCCACUCCGAGCAGAAGAGAUCGAAAGCGAUCCACCGCCAGGAGCCGUCGCAACGCAAAUACUGAGGAGGGAGGUAGUGCGCGCAAGAACCGUGGAUCUCUCUCUGCCAAGGCACUAAAAAAGCGAAGGAAUAGAGGACGAAUUGUUCCCGAAUCCGAUGGCGAAGAUGACACUCUGGAAAGAACUCCGCCGCCAUCACCUCCACCAGACUCUGAGCUGGAUUCCAACAAGCGAAGAUCUUCAAGAAAUACUCAAAGGAAGAAAUACAUUGACGAUGUAAUGCUAAGGUUCUCCGACGACGAAAACUCUCUGCUGGUGGCUUCUCCUGUAAAGAAGGAUAAAAAAUACUCUGCCAAUGCAGGUACUUCUAAUGCAGGCAGUGAUGUGGAGAAAACGGAACCGCAAUCUGGUGCCGAAGGGGAGGUUGGCCAGGAAGUAGGUGAAGAUAAGUCUAAUCUACCGAUAGAUGAAACCAGCCAACUGGAAGCCAGUUCAAGUACUUCAGCAGCAGGAGCGGCGGCAGUGGAAAAGGAGCGACAAAGCUCCAGUGAUGCCGCAAACGCAGCGAUGUCAUCCAAGCCCAAUUACGUGUAUAUAAACACUGGUGAUGAAGACAGCAUGGUGGUGCAAUUAGUAUUGGCCAUGCGUAUGGGAAAGAGAGAGCUCAUCCCGGAAAAGCCCGCGGAAAAAGAACCCGAUUCCAAAAAGGAGCCGGAAAUAUCGGGAUCUGACGAAGUGUCAGCUGAAAAAGUCGACGCUGUUGAAGAACCAAAAACGGAGGGUGAUGUGGUUGAACCCAAAGAAGAAUCGGCUGACGCUAAUGGAAAGAAAUCCGAAACAUCCAAAAUGGAAGUGGAGGGCAAAGAACUGGAUACAGUAGAUAUUAAGAAAUCUGAAGAUGACAAAAUGGAAGUAGAUGAAGAUGUCGAAAAAUCAGACAAGGAAAGUAAACCUGAAGAUCAAACAGAAGCAGUAAAAACUGAAGAAAAUGCAGACACUCCUCAGGAAGAAAAGUCUUCUAACGUCGAAACGGCAGUGGAGGCCAAGGAAGCCGAGAUUGUCGCUGAGAAAAUGGAUGUUGAUGACAAGGAAGAUGAGCCCAAGUCACCUAAAUCCAAAGAAGAAUCUGAGGAAAAAUCCACUGACGAAGCCAAGCUUGACGAGGCUGUUAAACAAAACGAUGAGGAAACUUCAGAAAAAGAAGGGGAACUAAAGUCGGACAAGGAGGCAGAGGAAUCCGUAAAGAAGGCGACCGGCGACGAAGACGAAGCAGAAAAGCCUGAACCAGUCUUUAUUGAUGUCGAAGAGUACUUUGUAAAGUAUCGCAAUUUUAGUUAUCUACAUUGCGAGUGGAGAACAGAAGAGGAACUCUUAAAGGGAGAUCGUCGCGUGGCUGCCAAGAUUCGUCGCUUCCAGCAGAAGCAAUCCCAGCAAUUAAAUAUAUUUGAGAACAUCGAAGACGAGCCUUUCAACCAAGACUUCACUGAAGUAGACCGAGUUUUGGACAUGUCCGUUCACACCGACGAGAACAGUGGCGAGACCACCAAACACUACCUGGUUAAGUGGAAGUCACUUCCCUAUGAGGAUUGCACUUGGGAAUUGGAAGAAGAUGUGGAUAAUGAUAAGAUCGAGCAGUACCUGCGCUUUAACAAAAUUCCUCCGAGGGGUGAGUGGAAGGGUAAAAAACGUCCGCAUCCAGAAUUAUGGAAAAAACUGGAUAAGACUCCGGUCUACAAGGGAGGAAAUAGCCUGAGACCUUAUCAACUAGAGGGUCUUAAUUGGUUAAAGUUCUCCUGGUACAAUACUCACAACUGUAUCCUAGCCGAUGAAAUGGGUCUGGGAAAAACAAUUCAGAGUUUGACCUUUGUGCACUCUGUUUACGAAUAUGGGAUCAGAGGGCCCUUCUUGGUUAUAGCCCCGCUUUCAACGAUUCCGAACUGGCAGCGAGAGUUCGAGGGCUGGACGGAUAUGAACGUGGUGGUUUACCACGGAUCGGUGACCAGCAAGCAAAUGAUACAAGAUUAUGAAUACUAUUAUAAGACAGACAGUGGAAAGGUCUUGAAAGAACCCAUCAAGUUUAACGUAUUGAUCACCACUUUCGAAAUGAUAGUGACGGAUUACAUGGACUUAAAGACAUUUAACUGGCGCCUUUGUGUGAUUGAUGAAGCUCAUCGUCUUAAAAAUAGAAAUUGCAAGCUCCUCGAGGGUUUGCGACAGCUGAAUUUGGAACAUAGGGUGUUGCUUUCCGGAACUCCCCUGCAGAACAAUAUCAGUGAACUGUUCUCGCUGCUAAAUUUCCUGGAACCCUCGCAGUUCUCCUCGCAGGAAGAGUUCAUGUCCGAGUUUGGAAGUCUUCGCACUGAGGAAGAGGUAAAUAAACUGCAAGCUCUGCUGAAACCCAUGAUGCUUCGACGUCUCAAGGACGAUGUGGAGAAGAGUUUGGCACCCAAGGAGGAAACCAUUAUCGAAGUUGAGCUAACUAACAUACAAAAGAAAUAUUACCGAGGCAUACUAGAACAGAACUUUAGCUUCCUAAAGAAAGGAACCACAUCUGCUAAUAUCCCUAACCUGAUGAACACCAUGAUGGAAUUGAGAAAAUGUUGCAUACACCCAUAUCUCUUAAAUGGAGCAGAAGAACAAAUCCAAUAUGAUUUUAAGUCCCAGCAUGGCGAGGACCCGGAGUCUUAUUACAAGAAUCUUAUUCUCUCGGCUGGAAAAAUGGUUUUGAUUGAUAAAUUGCUACCCAAGCUAAAAGCAAAUGGCCAUCGCGUGCUCAUAUUUAGUCAGAUGGUUCGUUGCUUGGAUAUCCUAGAGGAUUAUCUGGUCUACAGAAAGUAUCCCUUUGAGCGAAUUGAUGGACGCAUUCGUGGCAAUCUCCGUCAGGAGGCCAUCGAUCGUUAUUCCAAGCCAGGAUCCGACCGAUUUGUAUUCUUACUCUGCACCAAAGCAGGAGGAUUGGGCAUUAAUUUAACAGCUGCAGAUACGGUUAUUAUUUAUGAUUCAGAUUGGAAUCCUCAAAACGAUUUGCAGGCUCAGGCACGAUGUCAUCGUAUUGGUCAAAGGAAGAUGGUAAAAAUUUAUCGAUUGCUCUGCAGGAAUACCUACGAACGUGAAAUGUUCGACAAGGCCUCAAUGAAACUUGGUUUGGACAAGGCUGUCCUGCAGUCUAUGAACACACAAGGCUCUAAGGAUGGCAACAACAAGCAACUGUCGAAGAAGGAGAUCGAAGAUCUUCUAAAGAAGGGAGCCUAUGGAGCUGUCAUGGAUGACGACAAUGCUGGCGACAAGUUUUGCGAAGAGGACAUCGAUUCGAUUCUCAAGCGCCGCACUCAAGUCAUCACAAUGGAAUCGGAGAAGGGUUCAACCUUCUCGAAGGCUUCAUUUGCUGCUUCCGGCAACCGAUCGGAUAUUACCAUAGAUGAUCCAGAUUUCUGGACAAAGUGGGCCAAGAAAGUUGAUAUUGAUCCAGAUGCUUGCGAGCGAGAUGAAACAGAAGAUUUGGUGUUGUCCGAACCCAGGAGGCGAACCCAAAUUAAACGCUAUGGCCACGAGGAUGUGAUGGAGAUCAAUUCUGAGGAUUCAUCCAACGAGAACAGCGAUGAGGAAGGAGGAAUCGGACUGCGUUCAAGAAGGCGGAAGGAGAAACGCGAUCGUACUCGCGAAAAGAAGGGCAACGAUGAGUACAUUCCAAGAGAACGGGAUGCCUUGGCUGCUUUGGGAUUGGAGGAGAUUCAAUAUGGGAACUGGGCUAAGUCCGAGUGCUUCAAAGUGGAGAAAGGACUGCUUUCCUUUGGCUGGGGACGAUGGUCUGAACUUUUGGAGUUGGGGCAAUUCAAACGAGGCUGGCGGGAUAUAGACGUCGAGGAUUGUGCUCGUAUCAUCCUUCUUUACUGCCUGCAGGUCUACAAGGGCGACGAGAAGAUCAAGACGUUUAUCUGGGACCUCAUAACGCCGACGGAGGAUGGAGAGGUGCAGAAGAUCAGCAGGGAUCAUAGUGGCCUUCACAACUUGGUGCCACGAGGUAGGAAUGCCAAAGGUCGCAACGGUGGGAAGUCGAACAAAGAGUCCACCGGAUUGUCUACUCCUGCACCGGGCACAGCAUCCGGUAGUAAUAGUGGGAACACGACUCCGGCUCAUAAAUCUAGUGCCCUGGAUGGAUCAGAGAAGGACGGCAGUGGAAUCAGUGCCAGUGCUGUGGCAGCGGCGGUCACUAGUAUCCACGAUCCAAAUCACUGGAGCAAAAAGGAGAAGUACGACGCAGAUGCGUACUUGGAGGGCGCCUAUAAAAAGCAUUUGGGCAGACACGCCAAUAAGGUGUUGCUGCGCGUAAGGAUGCUGUAUUACAUACAACACGAGGUCAUUGGCGAUUUUGUUCAGCAGAUCAAGGACAAUACGCCCAUCAGCGAGCUCCCCAUUCGCCCGCCGCCAACGCCAGAUCAAGUGCCAUCCUCAUGGUGGAAUCCCAUUUGUUGUGAUAAGAGUCUGUUGGUCGGAACCUACAAGCAUGGCUGUGAAAUGUAUCGUCAAAUGCGGGCCGAUCCCAAUCUGUGCUUUGUCACCCAUGUGGGCGCCGGUGCGGCCAGUGACGAUUUGGCUGUCACGAAUUUGCCGAUAAACGAAGACGAUGCAAAUUCAAAGCACGAUGAUGGCGAUGAGGUGGACGACGAUGGCACCACCACGACUAAAGACUCUGACUCCACCAAACUCACCGGGGGCGACAACAAGGACUCGCUUCUUGACCCGGAGCGCCCCAGUUCGUCGGGUAAGAGCAGCAGCAAAAGUGGCAUCAGCGGCAACGACAAAACGGAAUGCGAAAAAGAUGCCACAACCGUUUCCGAAUCCUCAUCCAACUCCGAAGCUGUGCCGGGCAAGGGUAGCGAAGUCAAUGUGGUGGACGCCCAGCAGGACGCACUAUCAGCAACUCCAGAAUCGGCAGAUACAUCAGAUCCUGAAAUAAGUAAAGAGCAAGCACCAGUUCCAGCCUCGGUUUCCCGUGAUCCGGUCGACUCCAGUUCGCCGCAGGCGUCAGGAGAAGUCCAGGAGACGGGGGCCAAGGCUGGCGAUGCCAGCGAAUCAGACAUCGAAUCGGAGAAAAAAAUAACCGAAAAGGAAGCAACGGAGUCAACUGCUUCUGCUUCUGCUGGGGAAACCAAAAAAGACAGCGCUGCCAUUGCCCGAGCUGAAAGCGAUAAAGCGGAAUCAUGCACUAACAAUGCUACCACAAACAUCUCCACCACCACCACUACUACUACCAUUACCAAUACCACCACCAAUAAUCCAUCAUCCAAAGCGGCUAACUCUAACAACACCACCGACCAUGCUAACUCCAACUCACAUUUAGGCUUGGACGAGGAGGAGAGCGUCGCAGGCAGCUAUCCGCCCACCGUGGCAGCAGUUGAGGAUGCCACCACCAUGUGGCCGUCGAUGCAGGACCUGAACACUCGGCUCCGGCGUGUGAUAACCGCCUACCAGAGGAAUUACAAGAAGGAGGAACUGAAGCUUCAGCAGAAGGCCAAGCUCCAGGCACUGGUUUCAUCGACGCCCCCGCUUUCGGUUCCAACCACACCCACCCUUCAGUCCAUGCAAAUGCAGCUGCAGAGCGGCUCGGCAGGCAGUGGGUCCGGAGUAGGAUCUUCUGGCCAACACGAUGCCAGUGGACGAAGUCUCCAGGCGUUAAUGCAAUCACAGGGGGCCAGCACAUCCUCAGCAGCGGCGGCAGCAGCAGCUACCGGAGGAUCCGGUGUCGGCUCCGUGCAAGUUGGCACGGGCGGAACGGGAGUAAUGCCAGCUAUGCCCACCGCCGCCGACAUCAGCCUAAUGCUUAGCAUCCUCAACACCACAGAUGUCAGCCAGCUGGCCAACUUGGAUAUCAAUAAACUUGCCAUGUACCUGGUCAGCAUGAAUAAUAAAAUGGAGCGGCAGGGCAAGAUGGAAUUGGCGGCUAAGGAGCGUGAAGCCCAGCGCCUGCAACUACUUCCUAAGAAAUGGAACCGUCGCGAGGAAUACGAAUUCCUCCGAGUUCUCACUGGUUAUGGUGUGGAUCUCCACCUCUCCACACCUAUGAAUUCCAGCAGUCCAAGUUCCCUAUCCCCCGACUGGACCAAGUUCAAGCAGAUGGCUCACUUGGAACGAAAAAGCGAUGAAACACUGACGGACUACUAUAAGGUAUUUUUAGCCAUGUGCAAACGGCAGGCAGGCUUAAAACUUACGGAGUCGGAGCGGGGACUUGAAGGUAUUAUUGAGGAAAUAGAGAAGGAGCACGCCAAGCUUAUUUUGGAUCGCUUGGAAGUACUUGCCAAGCUGCGAGAAGUGGCUCGUAAUCCCCUGCUCGAGGAACGCUUGAAACUGUGUACCAAAAAUGCGGAUACUCCGGAUUGGUGGGAGCCUGGUCGGCACGACAAGGAGCUAAUCACCGCCGUCCUCAAGCAUGGACUAUAUCGUUCCGAAACCUUUAUUUUCAAUGAUCCAAACUUUAGUUUUGGCGAGUCAGAAAAGCGUUUCAUUCGGGAACUAGAAGCUCAAAUCCAGCGAACCAUCAAACUAGAGGCUUUUAAUGCUGAAAAGGCCGAGAAGCUUGCAGCAGCUGAGAAAGCAGCGGCGGCCGAAAAGACGACUGCAGAAAAAGAUGCUUCUAUCAGGAAUGAGGUCAUAGAUCUGGAUGAGGAACUGAUGACUGACGAAAGCGUUAUCAAGAAAGAAACGCCUGAAACUGAAGUAAAAGAUGAAAUUAAAACGGAAGAAAACACUGAAAAAAUCGAAACUGCUGGCAGUCACGAAAUUAACAAAUCUGAGGAAAAAGACUCCACAAAGAUGGAAGCUGAAGUCAAGGAGGAAGGGGAUUUAAAAGCAGAAACCCCGGAAAAUGACGCCACGGAUGAAAUUAGAGACUGUGAUAAAGAUAAGACCCUUACUGAAAACUUGGUUCCAGUAGUCGAAGAAAACAAGCCGAUCGAAGAUAAAAUGGAAAUUAACGAGCCAGCAAUAGCCGAAAAUGGUCAAAAGGAUACUUCGCCUGAGAAAUCCACCGAGUCAAACGAGAAAAAAUCUUCGGAAGAGUCAAGCAGUCCAGAAUGUGCUGGAGGAGAAGAAUCAAAAAUGGAGGUGGAUGAAGAUGCCUCUAAAGCAGAAAGUAAAUCUUCUGAAGAUCCGGAAUUAACCGAAAAGGAGUCUGAAGAUAAGGCUGUGAAGGGUGAAGAAAAGAAAGAUUCAAAAGAGGAGUCUAAGGAGCAAACCGAAGAUAGGGAAAUGGAGAAAAAAUCGGUCGUAGAAACGGACCCCUCUGAGGAGCCCCCUAUUGCAACUGAAACGGAGACAAAUGUUUCGAAAAAGCCUUCUGGCGACCAGGAGAUACUUGACUUGGGAGCUGGGCCUUCAGAUCCCGACGAUGACGAGGUGAUGAAAGAGAAGGAGAAAGCUGUUGAGGAGGAGUGUAAAAAGCAGGCAGCCGAACUCAAAGCGCGCUUCCCGGACCUAGAAGUAAUCCAACCAGCUACCGUUAAACAACAGAAGUUAGAGAAGCCCAAGCUAGAGAUGUGCAUGAUCCGAUGGUUCAAGGAUUUUGCAUUAGAGCGCCGUAUUGCGCACAUCGUGGCCUGUGUCGAGUCCGGAAAGUGGCCUGUGGAUAGCAAGUACAGUGCCUUUGCUAGCUGCAAAGGGACCACUGAUCUAAGCAUUGCUCUGCAUGAAUCCAUUCCUCAUCUGAGCAGUUUAGAUCGCCGCUCCACAACACCUGAUGUUAUUACCAUUACAACGGAUCAGGGUGUCACAAAGCACCUACAAUCCUCGCAUAUUCAGCAGGUGGCCAGUUCGGCAUCUUCCUCCUCGGGAAUGCCCCAAGUAACACAAUCAAAGCCUUCGUCUGCCAACAGUUUACCUGGCUUGGAUGCCAAAAGCAUAAAUGCUGCGGUAGCGGCGGCCGUUGCUGCAGCUGCAGCGGGUGGAAAUGCCACUUCCCUAUCUUCCCUGCUUCCCGGAAUGUCGCUCAGCGCAGCUACUGGCUCGUCAGCCGGUGGAGUGAGUGGACUAAACGUCCCAAGCACCGUUUCUGGAGUGGGCAAGAAGCGGAAGAGACACAUCGCCAUAGACGUAGAGACGGAAAGGGCUAAACUGCACGCCCUGCUCAACAGUUCGACAAUGGCACCCAAAGACUGGGAGAGUGAGAUUGCCAACAUGGAGGCUUUGACAGGCUCCUCUGGACGUGGACGAGGAGGUAGCUCAUCCGCCCUGACUGGCAUGCAGCCACCCCCAGCUCACCAACAUGCUUCGCUCUCGCGACAGUCCUCUGGGCAGUUUAGCAAACCGGCUGUACCCGCCCUGAAGACACCGCCGCCCUCAAUGGGCGCACCAAUGGAUCUGUCCUCAAGCUUACCGAAAAUGAACAUGACGGAGAUGCUCAAGUCAGCCUCCAGUGCUGGAGCCAUUGAUUUGAGUGAGGUUCAGGACUUCUCUAUGCCUUCCAAAAAGUCUAGUGUGCAUGCAGCUCUGAGUUCCGCCUUUCCUUCAAUGGGCAGCAAGAGCAAAUUGGACGAUACACUUAACAAACUAAUGAAGAAGAACAAUUGCACCAUUGAAGAGCCUGUGAUUGGCAAAGAGAAAAAACGCAAGAAGUUAGAUGAGAUCGUGCUUGGUCUAUCGGCGGCCAAGGAGCAGAAGACUUUCCCUGACCCAUCGCUGCCCUCCUCAAAGAAGCCGCAGAUCCCGCCAAGCGUUUCUGUGACGCCAGCAAACCUGCAAUCUUCGACCAGUCAGCAGUCCAACCAAAAACCCUUUACUAUCACUGUUACCACAGUGCCCGGAAAAUCGAAGGGAGGAUCGACAAGCGGCGGAUCCGGUACCGGAGGAAGCUCAUCGGCCAGCGGCGGAGGAGCCGGCGGAAGCGGACUGAGCGCCUUACAGAACAUGGCAAUGGGAGGUUUAUCCUCCAAGGACAGCUUAAAUGCCCUAUUGGCCCAGACAAUGGCAACCGAUCCACAGACUUUCCUCAAACAGCAGCAAAAGAUGAUGCAGUUCCUUCCGCCUGCACAACGAAAAGCUUACGAAAAUAUGCUGGCCGAAAUGGAGCAGGCUAUGAAGAUCAGCUCCAAGUUCUCAACCAACUCACCGCACGACGUCAAGGUCAACAAGUGGCUCUCAGAUAUGACAAGUCCACUAGGCGACCAACUCAGCAUUGAUUACGUAAGCGGUGCAGGGGCAGGUGGUUCUGGAAGUGCCAACAGCAGGCGCUCUAACCGCCAGCAGAGCAACUCAUCUCAGCAGUCCUCGAAUGCUACCCAAAUGCAAAAGCAGCAGCAACAACAGCAACAGCAGCAACACUCGAUGUCUGGUCCUCAGAAUCUAACAGGAGAGGAACCUGUACCAGUGAUCAACAAGCAGACUGGAAAGCGAUUGGGAGGCAACAAAGCGCCGCAGCUAAAGCGACUUAUGCAAUGGCUCACUGAGAACCCCAAUUACGAAGUGGAUCCAAAGUGGCUGGAACAAAUGCAAAAUCCUAUGUCAGCGCCGUCACCCAAACCAACAUCGAUAGACAGUAGCUAUGGCUCGUCUGCUGUAAAGUCGCAUGGUGGUCGCCCUUCGUCCAACUCGAGUAACACCUCAUCAUCGUCCCACACCCAACAACAGCAACAAUCAUCGUCAACACAAUCGUCAGCGGGAGGAAACCCUGGAAGCUCUAAGAAGUCAUCCCGCCAGCAAACCGCUGCAUCCGCAGCCCUGGACCAAGCUGCAUUACAAUUUGGCUCCCUAGCUGGCUUGAAUCCAAGCCUGCUAGCUAAUCUUCCUGGACUAGGAGCAUUUGACCCGAAGAAUCCACUGGCUGCCUUUGACCCCAAAAAUCCGCUGCUAUCCAUGUCAUUUGGAGGAAUGCCCGGAAUGGGUAAUAUUCCUGGACUAAGCAACCUAAACAACAUGAAUUUGUUUGCAAGCUUGGCGGGAAUGGGAGGACUAGGAAAUCUGGCGGGGAUGGAUACCCAAUCGCUCGCUGCGCUCAUGGCUGCUGCCGGACCUACUCUUGGAGGGUUGACAGGCGCGUCAGGAGGAGUGGGUUCCGGCAAGAGCCAGGCGCAGUCGGGUGGUGGCUCUUCCGCCGCUUCGUCAUCCUCGUCGGCCAGUAAGAAAAAGCAGCAGCAACAGCAGCAACAAGCUCAAAAUGAAGCUGCUCAGUUAGCGGCUGCCAUCAGCGCUAGCACUGGAGGAUCUUCUGGCGGAGCUGGUAGCAAGAACGCAGCAGCCUCUGCAUCUCAAUUGGCGGCAGGAUUUCCUUUUCUUUUUCCGAAUCCAUCAUUGCUGUAUCCGCCCAUGGGGUUAGGUGGUCUGAAUCCGUAUUCCUUGGGAACUAGUGGUCUUGGUUCCGCUUACGAUCAGCUGGCCCAGCAGUAUAACCUGCUAAAUGGAGCCACUUCAUCCGCUUCCAACACGAGUUCUACGCAGUCUAAGUCUCAUCAGUCGCAAUCAAAGUCCAGUCAGGCGAGGAAUGCAACAGCGUCUGCAAACUCGGCAGCGAGUCUAAUGAAUGCGAUGGCCAGUAUGGGCGGUGGAACCAACACAGUUACCACUCCUUCCUCUUCAGCUUCAGGAUCCGGACGUGGAAGGCAGUCGAGUAACAGAAACCAACCGCAAACCACACCCACAGCGGCAGAUAUGGCCCAACUGAGUAGCUUACUAAUGCCAGGAGCAGAUCCACAUCUUCUGGAAUCGCUGAGCCGGAUGAGUAACAUGGACCUAGCACAGGCCACUCGAUUGAUGAGCUCUUUGGGAAUGCCACCACUGCCAGGAACCCCCAGCUCUUCUGGAGGAGGUAACUCAUCUUCGAGCAAGAGAAACAGCCAAGCGGCUAAUGAAGCCAACGCACAAGCCAAGGAACAGCAAAAGUGGUUUGAGAGUUUGACCCGCGGAGCUCUACCAGCAGAUUUAGCUGCUCUGCAGGCUUUUUCACAGGGAAAAAUGCCAUCGACAUCCGGAUCAAGUGCGGGUACAUCGACUUCCUCAAGUAAGAGUUCGAAAGCUGCAGCGGCAGCUGCGGCAGCAGCAUUGCCACAAAUCCCUGGAAUGUCCAGUGAUUUUUCACAGGCCUUUUUAGCUGAAAUGGCCGCCCAGGCAAUGGCGGCUGCUGGCGGAUCCUUACCACUGAGUGGUCCUGGGUCCUUAGCUAGUUUAGCUGGUUUAACUGGGGGCUCUGCAGGAGGAGCCGGUGGAAGUUCCUCUGCUUCAGGAAGUGGCAGCCACUCCUCUUCGAAACGACAGCGAGAGCAGGAUGCCUUCAAGCAACAGAUGGACUACUACACCAAGACCUUAGGUCUGGGAUCAGGAAUAUCGUUGAUACCUACUUCUUCGGCGGGAGGAUCAUCUACAUCCUCCAGUUCGGCUAACGCAGCAGCAGCUGCCUACGCUGCAGCGUUAGACGCAGAGCAACAACACCAACAACAGCAGAAGGCGCUUUCUAAACGUUUACGUGGAGAUAUACAUCCCACAAAAGAGGAACUCGCCGCUGCUGCCCUCGCUGCAGGACUACCAUUGAAUCUUGGAGCCAGCAUGAGCAGUAUAGAAAAGAGUCUUAGAGGCGGAAGCAGCUCCAGCAGCAGCUCCACGCCAGCGCCUAUGCCUUCGGAACAGGAUAAGGUUACGCUAACCCCCCUUAAUGCAUCUGGAGGUGGAUCAGGCUCUUCCUCCAGUUCAGCAGCUGCUGCGGGAUUGGCAGCAAAUCUGCCAAGUCAAACAACAAUAACCAUUGCUCCUCCCAUCAGUAGUGGGGCCAGCACUAGCAGCGAGCGUUCCGAGCGGUCUGAAUCGCGUAUAUCGCUUACCAUCACUAAUGCUGCUGAUGCAGCGAAACUACCUCCGCCCUACGAAGAAGCCGAUGAGCUGAUUAUACAACCAAUUCUCAAGAAACCAACUGCCAAUCCCGGCAGCAGUCAUGGCGGAAGCGUGGACGAUCUCGAUACAGCUGAAAAUACAUCAGCGGCUAAUUUGAGUGGUUCAUCUUCCAGUUCUGCGGCCGCGGCGGCUGCAGCAGCGGUAGCUGAAGAAAAUCGACGUUCAUCUAACCGCCUGAAGCGUCCAAGGUCUGGAAACGAACAGGGGUCCAGUUCUGUUGAAGGACAGCCACCUGAAAAGAGAAGGGAACUCCGGUCUACCAGGCAUACCCGCUCUUCAGCGGAUGCCAGCACUCUAAAUCUUUCCACAGGAAGCGAGUCAGGUGCGGAGGAUCGGAAUGAAUGAGUAUUGCGCAGAUCCGAGCGCCAGCGCUAGCAGGAUGACAUGGCUCCACCGAUGAGCGGAAAAAAAUCACGUGGAGGAGGAGCCAAUACCACCAUUAGACAGCCACCACAACAAACGGAGCAGAAAAUCAAGGACAGGAAAAUGCUGAAAAACCAGCUGCAGAUGCGGAUGCAAACUAGAUCGAGGCGAAAAUUGAAUGCUAGGCUAACUGUUACCACUAGAUCCCUUAGGCUUAAAGUUGUGUAAAGUAUAAGAAGCGUAUAUAAACUAUAUAUAGAAGUUAAGAGCCAAUCUAGAGAGGGCGUAUUGGGGUUUGUCGCAAUGCCCUGCAGUUCGACACUGCUGCAACUACGUCUGAAUUUAAGGACAGAGCCGCCUUCCCCAUUUAACGUCGUACUCAAGUUCGGUCCGCUGCUUAAAUGGAGCUUGAUAUACGAAUCGUUUUCCCCUCUCUGAUUGCUUAAAUAUUCAUACAGUUACGAACAUAAUUAAAAAGCGCUUAUAAUUUAAUUGUAACAAGACAAAGUUCUGCUGCAUAAAGAUUAUCCAUUUAAA